AUGGACCGUGCUGUCGCGCCGGCCGAGCCCCUCCUCGCGGCGUUCCGUCGCGUGUCAGCGCUCACCGAGGAGGCCGCGCCACCCGCGAACCCGGGAGCCGCCGAGAGUGUGGUCGUGUUCUUCGACUGUGUGGACCAGCUGCGGGACGCCAUCGAGGAAGUGGUGGCACGCGGCGAAGAGGCCGUCCGGAGGGUGGAGGAGGCGGUCGGUUUCCUGGGCCGGACCAAGGCGGCCUGCCGAGGCCACGUCCGGAGGCUGACCGAGGCCGCCGCGGCGCUGCGCGUGGUGUACGAAACAGAAGCUGAGGAGAUGUGCUUCGAGGGCCUACUCGACGAUGCUCUCCUCGGCCUCUAG